GUAACUAGAGGCUGGGGGCCCAUAGUAACUAGAGGCUGGGGGCCCACAGUAACUAGAGGCUGCUCUCUCCAUGCCUCUUGGUCCUGGGCUUUGGGGUAGUUGAAAGGCCAGAGGACCGGAGGGACCUACUGGGUACAGAACUUAAAGCAUGUCUGAUAUGUAUUGGGGUGAACAAUCAUGGAUUGAUUUUAAAACCAAUAUAAUAAUCUUCAGAUAUGUUCUAAAAUUGACAGGCAGCCAGAGACCUGUUCUGGUCAUUUACCACUUUAACUAAGACUGUCUCUCUGUUGGCUCUAGGAUCAGUUACCACUAAGACUGUCUCUCUGUUGGCUCUAGGAUCAGUUACCACUAAGACUGUCUCUGUGUUGGCUCUAGGAUCAGUUACCACUUUAACUAAGACUGUCUCUGUGUUGGCUCAAGGAUCAUUUACCACUUUAACUAAGACUGUCUCUGUGUUGGCUCUAGGAUCAUUUACCACUUUAACUAAGACUGUCUCUGUGUUGGCUCUAGGAUCAUUUACCACUUUAACUAAGACUGUCUCUCUGUUGGCUCUAGGAUCAGUUACCACUAAGACUGUCUCUCUGUUGGCUCUAGGAUCAGUUACCACUUUAACUAAGACUGUCUCUGUGUUGGGCACGAAAACCAAUUUUAAAAAAAAUACACUUCACACUUAAAUUAUUUAGCUGUUUGAACACCAAUUUCUCCAGAAGUUUAAUGAAGAACGGAAGGCUGGAGAUGCUGAGAGCUGAAGAAUCCAGAUUCCUUUUCUUCAGAAAGGGUUUCACCAUAGCAAUUUUUUGAAACGCUAUUAUCGCGCACCCGGCUAACUAGCUAGCCAUUUCACAUCGGUUACACCAGCCUAAUCUUGGGAGUUGACAGGCUUGAAGUCAUAAAUAGCGCAAUGCAUUGCGAAGGGCUGCUGGCAAACGCACGAAAGUGCUGUGUGAAUGAACGCUUACGAGCCUGCUGCCUACCACCGCUCAGUCAGACUGCUCUAUCAAAUCAUAGACUUAAUUAUAACCAAAUAACACACAGAAAUACGAGCCGUAGGUAAUUAACCUUCACACACAGAGAAAGCAGAAACAUUAAAUUAACAAAUGUUUUCCAUUUGAACUGUUCAGGGAAGCUGAUCCACUCGAUGGUGGCCCACCUGGAUGCCGUUACCAGUCUAGCUGUCGACCCCAACGGUCUCUAUCUGAUGUCUGGCAGUCAUGACUGUUCUAUCCGUCUGUGGAACCUGGAGACUAAAACGUGUAUCCAGGAGUUUACAGCUCACAGGAAGAAGAAUGAUGAGUCUAUCCAUGAUGUGGCCUUCCACCCCUCUAAGGCCUACAUCGCCUCCGCCGGGGCAGACGCUCUUGCCAAGGUGUUCGUAUGACGAGGACCAAUCACAGUCCACUGACACACAGCUUCCCAGCUCCAGGGACCAAUAGAUGUGGGGCGUGUGGGGCGCUACGCAGACUUCACCUCACACAUAUCCUCAAUCACGCUUCUGGUUCCCUGUUUUGACUGGCGGGAUGGUGCAGCCAGUAGCCUCCAGAGGGAGAAGGUCAGGGCUGUGGAUGACUGGAUGGUCUGUUAGGAGAACUGCUAUUGGGCACAAGGCUUCCUCCUCCCUCUAUAAUCCAGGCAGGCUCCUGGGUGUGUGACCGGCCACAGAGCCCCUCCUCAACCUUGCAUCCAAUGAACACCCACACAGACUGACUCUGUUUCAGAUUAAUCUGAUGGUCUGUCUUCACAGCUAGCGAGGGGGUUGAAGACAGACUGACAGGUGUUUUAUAGUGUAGACUCACUGGAGAGGUGGAGCACCAUGCUCUAACCCACUAACCCUCCUCAUGUCACCAAGCCCAUUAACCAGAACCCCAGGCCUCUCAUUUCCCCAGAACCCCAGGCCUCUCGUUUCCCCAGAACCCCAGGCCUCUCGUUUACCCAGAACCCCAGGCCUCUCGUUUCCCCAGAACCCCAGGCCUCUCGUUUCCCCAGAACCCCAGGCCUCUCGUUUCCCCAGAACCCCAGGCCUCUCGUUUCCCCAGAACCCCAGGCCUCUCGUUUCCCCAGAACCCCAGGCCUCUCGUUUCCCCAGAACCCCAGGCCUCUCAUUUCCCCAGAACCCCAGGCCUCUCAUUUCCCCAGAACCCCAGGCCUCUCAUUUCCCCAGAACCCCAGGCCUCUCAUUUAGACCCCUGUCUGCUCCCUGGUCCCUCCUCUCCUCCAAGUCAGGUUCAGUUGUGUUGUGAUGGAGAUGUGGGGUACUUACUGAAGGCUGGCUGUGGCAUCUCACUAUUCCUCGCCGUUUCUAAGACUGACUCUGUCUACUCUGCCUGCUGCCAACCAGCCUUUCUCUCUCUGCUUUCCUUUUAAGAACACUUGACAAAUGUGCCUUUGCUUUAAAAAGGUCUUGAAACAGAAGUUAUUUUACAGAGCAUCUGUUUUUUUGGGGAGGUGGAGUUAACGAGGAAAGGUUUUCACAAUGGUGUCCGUUUUUACAAAAACAUUGGGUGUAAAAUUGCAAAUACUUAUAAUAAAUAUAUAUUAAGUCUUAA